UGUGAAGAAGUCAAGCUCUGUGAGAUUAUGACUUCUUUGCGCCUUCCAAAUCAUGAUGGCCCCUGCAAAAUUUGCCAUAAUCUUGUUGUUGAAGUUCUUACCAAACUGACAGAUCCUGACAUACAGCUGGAGAUAAUUGAGAGGGCUUCUGAGGCAUGCAGCAAAAUGGAUAAUUAUGCACAAGAGUGCAAGAAGAUCGUCUUCCACUACGGUCCAUUGAUAUUGUUUGAUAUCGAGAAAUAUCUGGAGACAACGGACGUCUGUGCUGCUAUUCAUGUAUGCAAGGUCAAUCAAGAAGCCGGCAUUGGUGCUACACUUCUGGCUGAUGCUUAAGCCCAUUGUUCAAACAUUUCCCAUGAAACUGUUGUUGUAUAUGGAUCCUUCUUCAUUUAAACUGAUUUCAUGUUGUAAUCAGAACUCCAUUGAUUCACAGCAAAUGAAUUGGAUGUUGUAAUUGUUAAUGUGACACAAAAUGUUCCACAGUUAA